AUGGCCUCUGCUACUGUUCUCAAGAGUGUGCGCUCGCAUCCCAAACUUCUGUCGCUUCAACACGUAGACGACGCCUUCCUAUCCUGCAACGGCGACGCGCCCAUGACCCCUCUGGGCACUGACUCGUCGCUGUUUACCUCCGCCACGGUGUCCCCACGUGACCCUGCUGCUAAAUUGGCGGCUGUAGCUUCCACGUCCGUGAGUCCUGACUCGAAAAUACAGUCGAGUCCCAAUACCUUCACCAGCCAUCGCGUGUGUAUCCCGUCGUCUACUUUAAGCGAUGCGUCUGAUGAUGAUGACGAUGGCUUGGAGGACGUCACACGUUCGUCAGGUAAACUCACCAAGAGCAACACCGGCCGCUGGACGGAAGCCGAACACAAGCUCUUCUUGCAAGGCCUCGAGACCUUUCCCUACCGUGCGUGGAAGAAGAUCGCGACGCUUAUUAAGACGCGCACUGUCGUGCAAAUCCGUACUCAUGCUCAGAAAUAUUACCAGAAGCUGGAGAAGGAAGAGGCACGUCUCAAGGAUCGGGAAGCUCAGGAUCGUGCGGCUAUUGCUGCGGGUCCCAUUCCCCCUUCCACGCCAACAAGUCCUUCUUCACAGAAGAAGAAGAUGCACUUGAUGCGUAAACGCAAGUGCUCAUUGUUGGACAUGGACAUGGACAUUGAAAGCGACGCUGCAGUACUGCCUAGUGUACCCAAGCGUCUUGCUCGUGAACAUGCAGUAACUGCUCAUAUGUCCCCCAAGCAGAAGACGUCUUCUCUUCUCAAUAAUAAGCUGUUUUUUGGCAAUUCGAUGGACGCACGCUUCAUGUUUGGCCGCAAUAUGAAGAAUCCUGUCGGCGUGCAACCGCCCCACCAGCUUCCACUGGACUUUGCCGAUGCUGCGGCGGAAGUGAUGAACUUGGACUUUGCUGAAGACAAGGCUUUGGCUGAAUACUCGCUUGACUGCGUGGAUCAGACACUGGCGUCUAUUGACAACGACGAUCUGCUGCAACUCACGGAAGAAGAACUCGAGUGGUUCUCGACUUCGAGCACGGAGGAAAACUCUCCCAAUGGUGACAUGGAGAUUGAUGCUGUUGAGACUGCGAAUACCGAAUCCUUCGCGGAUAUUGAAGUUGCCGCUCUAGAUGGUGAGGACUUUACUGCAGACUUGUGCCUGGACGACGACGACUUUGUGCUGGACCCUGAGAAGUUUCUCUCGAGCUACUUCGCUCCAAACGAGUAG